AUACCAGUUGCAAAGCCAUUCCUCACACUAUCAAACUGUUACCAGCUCAGAGCUAAAAGCAUAAAGAAAAAAUGUAUCUGCUUUUUACUGAUUAAAAUGGCACUGAUUUUGUGCAAAAUAAAAGUAAUUAUUGUGAACUAAGACAUUUGUUGCGUAUUCUUUAUUGUUCGUUAGCAACUUUAAAAUCUAAUUUGAAAUCUAUUUGAUUUUACUACUUUAACUUUAAAACAAAUUAAUUGCUACAAGUGGAGCACAUAGUACAUUCUGUUUUUUCUUGAGAUAUUUUCAGGAUUAAACUAAAUUUUGGACGUAGUUACCAACUCCAGGUGAGCAACAAAAGUGAUCCAAAUAAAUAUUACUUUAUCAAAACUUUCAAAUCACCUGUCAAUAUUUUUGUCACUAUUAUGAUAAGAAUUCUAUUGUGUAUUUUCUUUUUGACACUAAUGUUGCUUAAUUUAAAUUACAAUUUAUAUGUAAAAACUUUGAUUCCCAUAUAAAUAUUUUGUUGUGUUUGAUAUCUUUAAGUGUGCAUUCACACUUGUACACACCACAUCAAAAUUGGGACUUAACCUGGGACUAAACCUGGAACUAAACCAGGACUAGAACCCAACCAGGUCAAAUCAGGACUAGACUGGGCUCAAACCAGGACAAGUGUGAACCCACCCUAUACCCCCCUAUAACUCUAUCAUUUUCCCUAAUAAAUGUGGUGAAUACUGUAAUUCUUAGCAGCCAUAUCUCAAGUUUUAACAUUUGUUUCUUUUCUUUCAGAUUCCCGUGUCUUUGUCUCGUCAUAUUGACAUUUAUCUGCUCAACGACAUGGACGUAGAUGUCACAGAUACAGACAGAUAACUACAGCCGAACUACAGUCAAACAAAUGGUACUAUGUAAACCAAGUGAGGACUUUGAGCUAAAUACAUGCCAUGGCACCAUCAAGAAAGUACUACUAGUAUUUACUACUUCUGCUGCUGCUACUACUACUACUACUACUACUACUACUACUACUACUACUACUACUACUGCUAUUACUGCUAUUCCUAUUUCUACUUUCUAUUUCUUAGAACUCGGGAUCGUGUUGCCAUACCUCAUAGAAUUUUUUUAGCCUAAUGAUAAACUAGUGGAGAGUUUAAGAUGGUAAAUACCAAACUUGGUAUUCAUUUAAAAGUCAUCUGACACUCGUGUGACAAAUGUAUUAACCUUGACUGGGAUCCAGAAAACACACUUCUUCAGUACUUUAUGAAGAUGUGCAUCUGGUCAGAAGGGCGUGAUUGAGGGGGAUUAGCUAAUCUGGGACACACAUUGUCCUUCUACAUCAAAACAAAUGUGGCUGCUUAGGAGGAAAAAAAGGAAAAGUAUAUCACAUGGGACUGAAAAACAUCAGAUUUCUGCAGAAUCAAUGAGCAAAGCACUAAACUCUGUUCAUCUGAGUUGAGACUGAGAGAAAUGUGAUUUAAUUCUAAAUGAUAGAUGACCUCCUUUCUUUCACAUGAACCCCCCCCCCUCAAACUUAAAAAAAUGAAUAAAUGGCUGUAUCUCUGGGUAUAAAAAAACAGAUAUAUCCAGUGUUUCCUAUAAAUUUUGUUCAGAUUAUGGUAGCACAAAUACUUUCUACAUUCAUAAUUUUCUUUCUUACCAUUUGUGGAGUUUAAAUGUCACUUAUUGUCUGUAUUUUACAGAUAUUUAAGCAGUCUUUUUGAACAGUAUACCUACUCAUUAUGUUAUAUAUGGAGCAACAAAGUGAGACGUUUAGUCCAUGUUCUUUUUAGACUAUGGAGGAGAAUUCUAGACUAUGGGGGACCACCACAGUCUGUUCUGUUCUUGGGAAAGUGUGGAUAUCAUCGUGGACUUGCCGCACAAGUAUUUACCAGUUUCUGAUACCAAGUUCUAUUACAAUUACUGCUGCAAAAACUAUACUUGUACUAUAACUGUUACUACCAUUACUGUUUCUACUAUAACUGCUGCACGAACAACUACUAUUUCUGCUUCUACUAUUACUACUACUUCUACUGCACUCCUAUACUCCUACAACUACUCUUACUACUACUAUGACUGUGACAACUAUGCUGUUACUAUCAUUAAUACUUUACAUUGUGUCAUAAUUAAACAGAAACAGGCAGCUGCAGUAUGGUUUGUUUGGUGCUCUGAGCUGAGAACAACAUGUCAAGUCAAGUGCUCUACCUCCACUAAAGCUGCAUUCACACUGGUUUUGUCCUGGUUUAAUCAUGAGUUUAGUCCUGAUCCAGACUUUGUUUGGUCCUGGUCUAGCCUCAGUUCAGUCCUGGUUCUGUCUAGAACUGGUUUAGUUCCAGUUUAGAUGUGGUGCGUGUGUGUGAAUGUGAAUGCAGACUAAAAGCACAUUAAAGCAUUUCUGAACCAGUAUCGAAACCAUGUAAAAAAUAAAACUGUUGACAAAACACCACAUAUCAUUUUCAAAUUUAUAUAUAUAUAUUUUUUUGCUUUCAUAGAAAAAAAACUAGAAUAAACACACUGUACAAAAAUGAUUAACUAACGUGCUUACUUACAACACAAAAAGGCAAUUUGGGCAUUUCAAGAUCAUAGUUUUCAAGCUUACCUUAAGUUCUAUUUUAAAUGAUGGCUUUCACAUUUUAGUGCCUUAUUCCUUAAUACAUUUUUUUAUUGUUGUUUUUUUAAGUUUUACUAACAUGAAGUAGUUUGACUUGAAUAUAUUUAUUCUCCAGACUACAUAUUAUGUUUGUUGUUGAAUAUUAUAGAAGUCAUAAGAAAAUGUCAAAUAUGGCAUUUAUUUAUUGACAAAAUUAAUUGCAAAAUCUUUUUUUUUUCUUCUUCUUCUUUUUUGACCAACUGUGAGUUUAAACUUACACUCCUAGAACCAGUUAGUUUUAAACUAUACUUCUUUUUCAAACAGAUAUUUACCAAAAUGGGAUUUGAAAAAGCACCUUGUCAUCCAAGUACAAUCUAAAUGUUUGUCUAGUGUGUGACAUUGUUUUUCAUUUGACUCAUUCCUUUUGAUCAAAUAUUGUACUGCUCUGAAAUGCCAAGCUUUAAAACACUGAGCACUUAAAACUUUGAAAUUAUGCUUUUAUUUUGAAAUCCAGCCAGUGAAAAGUUGUUUGUCCAAUUCCAAUUUUGGGAGAUCUCUUUUCUGAGUUUUUGAUGUUUUUAUUCCCUUCAAUAAAACAUAUUUAAUUGUAUUUGUAUAUACAUUGUUACAUUGAGAAAAAUUAUGUACUUUAUCAAUAUAAAUUGGAUCGUUGAAAGCCAUUGUACUGUUAUUUAAAAUUGUAAAACCAUUAUAAGAAUUUUAUGAUGUUUUGAGAUUUAUAAGUUUUGAAUAGUAACAUGAAUAAAAUGUUGACAUAAAAAGUUUAAAAACAUUUUUUUAAUAAAAAUUUGUACAUAUGAUGUGGGAAAGGUAAAUGAUAUAUUGCAGUAAUUAUUCUUUAUUAUAGCAUCGUCUAUAUAUCCCACUAUCGUUCCAGAAAAUUGCACCACUCCAAUUCCAGGGAUGCAGCACAAAGUGGUACAUGUUUUAUAAUACACACUACAAGCUGUGUAAGUGACUCUACUCAACAUACAAAUGAGAAAAUAUCCUAAUGUCAUAUUCAUUGGAAUUUACUGUUCGAUCAACUUCAAUUAUUGUCUUUAUACAUUUUCUCUUAUUAACAGUAAAUUCUAAAAUUUUCCAUAAUCGUGUUAUUACUUGUACUGUGUGGGCAGCAGUAGCUCAGUGAGCUGUCAGAUCCACUGACCCACAGUGUGGCUGGUGUGUCUAUGUACACUGGUGUGUGAAUGUGUGUGUGAAUGGGUGAGUGGUUCCCUGUUAUAAAGAGCUUUGAGUGCCUUGAAGGUGGAAAAGCUCUAUAUAAAAAUGUGACCAUUUACCAUUUGACUGUGUAUUUUUAUUUAUUACCUAAAAAGUUAUUUAACUCUUCUGGUAAGGAUUGGUCUGCCACCUACUUGUCUCCCUGGGGGUCUUAUUGCUUUCCCUGGAAUAUUACACAGUUUGGCAUUAAAUUAUUUAUCCUGUAGGUAUUUAAUUGCUCAAAAAUAACUUGAAAAACAUCUAUUCUUACAGCAAGCAGACAGGGACGCUUCUCCACAGACUUGGCCCGGUGCCAUCACCCGCUUGUCUCCAUGGGGAUAGUAGAUAAGUAGAUUAAAUUUCCAAAAGGAAAGUUACAUAGUGCACUUUUAAAUAACAAUUCAUUUUAGGAAGAAUUUUUCUGUUUCCUUGGUAACGGGGACGCUCGCACCUUCCUCUCCACGCGGGGCGCUGAUCACUUCCUUUUUGUCCUUACGCUGUCUACGUCACCAGAUUUCACCAGCGUGGACAUCUGUGGAGUAGAAAACACUGAUUCAAAGCUUUAAAGUUCGUACAAAAGUCACUGAAUUCACCGGUUUCGGUUGGAUUUUAUCUGUCAAUCAUUGCUAGCGCUUUAGAUAAGUUUUGAAAAUAAAAAACGUCUUAUUUGGGCAGUAAAUUCUAUCUUACAGUGCUGCUGACUCGUACUCAUCACUGCUGGAUUCAGGUGAAAAGAUGAGAGAUUUGUUUGUAUUUUUUGUGCAAAUCGCGAUUUUAUUUCUCCUCCUGGACUUCACCCAAGCAGCCAGGCAGCCCCAGGACAUUAGAUGUGGAGCUUGCAGGGCCCUUGUGGAUGAGAUGGAGUGGGCGAUCUCGCAGGUAGACCCCAAAAAGACAGUCCAGACCGGGUCAUUCAGGAUCAACCCCGAUGGGAGCCAGUCCAUCAGAGAGGUCCCUCUGGCGCGUUCUGAAGGAAACCUCUUGGACCUGAUGGAGUCUGUGUGUGAGCGGAUGGAGGACUAUGGGGAGGUGGUGGAUUCUUCUGAGAGAAAAACCUACGUCAGGAUCAAGUCUCGGACCGGUGAAAGUCUGGACUUGUCCGAGGCCUCACUGGACUCCAGAGUCACUGCCAGCUUAAAGUUUGCAUGUGAGACCAUAGUGGAGCAGCACGAAGAUGAACUGAUCGAAUUUUUCUCUCAUGAAAUGGAAAACGUCAAAGAUCAUCUCUGUAGCAAAAGAACGGAUCUGUGUGACCAUGCCUUGAACAUCCCCCAUGAUGAGCUUUGACACAUGGCUUCUGCUCAGACCUCUGAAAUGGAGACACCUGGUGCUGUAAAACCUCAAGUUUUGUUCACUUUGGUCAGUUUAUGAGAAGAGCAUUAAUGCCUUAACAUUUAUUCACAACCAAUAUUGUUAUUUAAAACUAUCUCACCCAGGAAACUCCCAGAAAGUAUUAUUUAAUAAGGAGACUUCGCGUUCUGAAAAGCGUGGGAUUCUUGUAUUAGUUUAUCUGUUCAUAUUUCAGUCUUCUCUCAAUUGUCAUUGUUCUUGGACAAAUUUAAAAUGUGCACUGUGAAAUGAAUUAUGGUUUGAAAAAAAAACAAAAAAAAAACAAUAGAAUGGUAACAUUACAUUCCCUUUACAAAAGUUUGCAGCCCUAGUAUCUAAAUAUAUUAGGAUGACAAACUUACACUCCUUCCACCCAGACUGUCUCAUUAAUGUUUGAACUUUUAUUUAUACAGUUGUUGUGUAGUUUACUAGUGGGAUCAUUAACGGCUACAUAAAACAUUUGGAUCAUUUUGUCUUAUUUUAUUUUUGCUUAAAGGAAAUGUAUACUGUUUUCAGUCUCAAAAUCAGUAUUGGAAUUUUUAUUAUAUCAUUAAUUAACAUAAAUUCAUAGAAAAUUAGCAAAUUUAUGGCAGAAUAUGUCCCUUAUUAUAUACUGUACGUCCAUUACUUUCCACCAGAGAGCGCUAUUGCUGGUAUUGUGGUUAAAAACCCUUUUAAAUUUAGUGUUUUUUGUCUGUGAGGAUUUUGUGAAAUGAACUUAGCCUCUUAUGUGAAAAUUUCCUGAAAAUCUUUUUUUAUAUGAACUUUGUAAGUUUUCUCACCUUGUUUUGUCUUUAAAACCAAAUACAUUUGUACAACAUCCGCA